AAUAAUCUUGCACAUCCUAAGAUAACCGCUUCCGCUGCCCAUGAGAUUCUUAUGUCGGCGUCACGCACAAUGCGCAGCCCUCCAAAUGCUACCGGCAUGCCAAACGAAGACGCGCUUCUCCUCGGCCUGGACACGCUCAAGAGGAUCCUUAGCAUGUUUGCAGCCAACUCUCCCUUGUUCGGUGCGUCUGCAACAACUUGUAUUGCCCGUGUGGAAUUGACUAUACAUGCGUUCUAGUGAGUCGGCUCAAGAGGGCCAUUUAGGUCUCGGUCAGAGUGCUUGCUUUGCCUCUUAAGACAAUCUCCUAGUAUUUAUUGGACGAUCCCCGUCACAGUACUGUAGCAUAUCCGGAUAUUUAUGGACUCUCACUCCAUACGUUAGGACCCAAAUCCUUACCAAGACGUCGUAGGACAGAAUGCUAUAGCGGUGCAGCUCGGACUGAUAGCAUUCACGUAGACGUUUAUUAUAUUCGAUUUAUUCAAGCCUUGAUUGCCCGCAGUGUUAAGCUGGAUUCUAGAGUACAAGCGAAAUACUACUGAACAAGCAGGUU